AUGAGCUCGGAGCUGGAAGAUACAACUACAGCACGUCUGGGCGACACAGUACAGAGCUUAGUUCCUGCGGUACGGUGGGGUGACACAGUACAGAGCUCGGCUCAUGGUGGUGGAGGUGUUCGUCCGUGUGACCGGUGGCGAGGUCGGCGCGGCGUCUUCGCUGGCCCCCAAGAUAGGCCCGCUCGGUCUCUCCCCAAGAAGAUCGGAGAGGACAUCGCCAAGGAGACGGCCAAGGACUGGAAGGGCCUCCGCGUCACCGUCAAGCUCACCGUCCAGAACCGACAGGCCAAGGUCUCCGUCGUUCCCUCCGCCGCGGCGCUCGUCAUCAAGGCGCUCAAGGAGCCCGAGAGGGACCGCAAGAAGGUCAAGAACAUCAAGCACAGCGGCAACAUCAGCCUCGACGACGUCAUCAAGAUCGCCAAGACCAUGAGGCCCAGGUCCAUGGCCAAGGAGAUGGCCGGCACCGUCAAGGAGAUUCUCGGCACCUGCGUCAGCGUCGGGUGCACCGUCGACGGCAAGGGCCCCAAGGACCUGCAGCAGGAGAUUGACGACGGCGAGGUGUAG